AUAAUCACUAGAAAGAUAAGUGGCGAUCUGCAGUCCAGACUUCACCUCCACUCUCUGUCUGUCUCCCCCCUCUCUUCUUCGCCGGCCAUGGCUCAGCUGACGGGUUGCGUAGCUCGUCUCUCUGUGACACCUCCUCGUUCCUUUCCCCACGUCCGCCAUGAAACCUUUUUGAGUUCCUCCUUGCUAUUUGCCUCUUGCUCUCCCAACAAGAGAACGACCCCGCCGGUCUACGUUACUCGCGCCAAAAGGGUCUCUUCUCGCACCGGGAAGUUCGAGAAGGCAAAGAACUUAACGACGACGACCACCACCACUACAGAAGAGGAAGGAGAGGGGAAGCAACUGCCGGAGGGAGCGGUGUUGCCGGGGGACGAGGUGGCCAACGUGGAUAGCGUAAUCGACAUGCCAGUUUUGCCAGGCGAGAAGCAGGAUUUCUGGGAAGGGGAGAAGUGGGACGGGCUCGGAUUCUUCGCUCAGUACAUGUGGGCGUUUGGAAUCGUCUUUGCGCUAAUCGCAUGUGUCAUUGCUGUAGCCACAUACAAUGAAGGUGCGACUGAUUUCAAAGACACGCCCGUAUACAAGGAGUCAAUAAAAUCCAGGGAGUUGCUUGAAGAGCCUGAUGCAUCAGGUUCUGAUGUGUUUGAGUCCAACCCAACAGAGGAGGCCCCAUCUCUUGAAUAGCCCAGUCUGUGCCACGGCCACCAUUUGGGUUGCUUGCUCUGCAGUUCCUCCGUCAUUGUGUCUCAUUGAAUAUUUGACGAAAUCAAUAGAAUCCUUACUCCUAUUUGCUGGUGCAGAGGUGUCUCUUAUAGCCUGUCCUGUUUGGAGUUAAGCCUGAGAGUCAGCUAUAGUGAUGAGUGGCACUCAAUUUGGCUGAACGUCUAUAUGUAGUCAUAAGCUGUGUAAUUCAUUAAGAUUCUUUGUUAGAUCUCAUUUUAUAGGGAUAAAGGUUAUUUUAAUAUUA